GCUUGCUCCUCCCCCCACCCAGCUCCUAUUUCCGAUGCACGUACAGCCCGUACACCACACCGUGUCCUGGGACACCCCAGUCAGUCGCAUGGCUUCCCUGGGCCCCGGCCCCCGGCCCUCUUUGUUGAUCCCAGCCCCUACUGCGCCGCUGUUCUUUCUGCUGCUCCUGGUAUCUGCUCAUCCCCAGGGCCUGUCCGGAAUGCAGGGGGAGCCCUCCUUGGGAGAGAGUUCAUCUGGAGAGGAUGAUCUGGGCGUGGAGGAUCUGCCCAGUAAGGAAGAUGCACCUGGGGAGGCGGGUCAGUCUGGUAGGGAGGAUCCACCUGAAGUUAACGCCAAAGCCAAAAAGGAGGAUCCCCCGAAGUUAGAGGAUCUACCCACUGUUGAGGCUCCCGAGGACAGUCAAAGUCCCCACGGGGACGGAAAAGGGGGUGACCACAGUCCUUGGAGCUAUACUGGAACCCUACUCUGGCCCGAGGUGUCCCCAGCUUGUGCCGGCCGAUUUCAGUCCCCUGUAGAUAUCCGCCCGGAGCUCACCUCAUUCUGCCGCGCCCUGCAACCCCUGGAACUACUGGGCUAUGAGCUUCAGCCUCUCCCGGAACUGAGCCUGAGCAACAAUGGCCAUACGGUACAGUUGACUCUGCCACCGGGGCUGAAGAUGGCUCUGGGACCUGGGCAGGAGUACCGGGCCCUGCAGUUGCAUUUACACUGGGGAACUUCAGAUCACCCGGGCUCAGAGCACACUGUCAAUGGCCACCGGUUCCCUGCUGAGAUCCAUGUGGUUCACCUCAGUACUGCUUUCUCAGAACUUCAUGAAGCCUUGGGUCGCCCAGGAAGCUUGGCCGUUUUGGCUGCCUUUCUGCAGGAGAGUCCAGAAGAGAACAGUGCCUAUGAACAGUUGCUGUCACAUUUGGAAGAAAUCGCAGAGGAAGGCACAAAGAUUGAGAUCCCAGGUCUGGAUGUAUCUGCACUGCUGCCCUCCGACCUCAGCCGUUACUACCGAUACGAAGGGUCUCUAACAACACCUCCCUGCAGCCAGGGCGUCAUCUGGACUGUGUUCAACCAGACGGUGAAGCUGAGUGCUAAGCAGCUCCAUACUCUCUCUGUUUCCCUGUGGGGACCUCAUGAUUCUCGGCUACAACUGAAUUUUCGAGCCACACAACCUUUGAAUGGACGAAUGAUUGAGGCUUCUUUCCCUGCCAGAGUGGACAGCAGCCCUGAACCAGUCCACAUGAAUUCCUGUCUUGCUGCUGGUGACAUCCUAGCCUUGGUGUUUGGCAUUCUCUUUGCUGCCACCAGCGUGGCCUUCCUCAUUCAGCUGAAGAGGCAGCACAGGCACAGAAGUGAGACCAAAGAUGGAGUUAGCUACAGCCCAGCAGAAAUGACAGAAACUGGAGCCUAAUAAGGAGAAGCCAGCUGGAGGAUUCUGGAAACCUCAUCCUGUUCUGCCCAUUAUACAGUUUCUUUUUAACCACUAAGGAAUCCUUUUAACUUUUCUUCUUUUCCUUAAAGUACUGUAAUAGGAUCUUAUAGUGAAAAGGCAAAAUUGGACUCAAUUAUUGCCCUCCCACACACUUUUUUCAGGGACAAGAUUUCUCUAUGUAGCCCUGGCUGUCCUAGAACUUGCUAUGUAGACCACGAUGGCUCGAACAGGGAUCUGAAUGCCUCUGUCUCCCAAGUGCUGGGAUUAAAGGCAUCCACCACCACCUA